CUGAGCCACCAUCAUGGCGCCGCCGCCGCCGAUUAUUCUCCCUUCUCCGCUGCUGCUCGGAGCCGCUGCCGACUUCAGCGCGCCGACGCGGAGCCUUCAUGAGAACCAUGCGCGCGACCUCCAGCACCCGACGCACACGCAGCAGGUGACGCUCGGCGUCAUCGCCGCCUACGUCGUCGCCAUUGCCAUCCUGUGGAACGUGCCCUAUGUCAAGAUGAUUCUCUGGCCCUUCAAGAUGCUCGUCAUCGCCUUCCACGAGUUCGGCCACGCCAUCACCGCCGUCCUCACCGGCGGCCGCGUCAAGUCCAUCAGCCUCGACCCCAACGAGGGCGGCGUCACCCACAUGCAGGGCGGCAUCAGCGCCAUCACCCUCCCCGCCGGCUACCUCGGCUCCUCCAUCAUCGGCGCCCUCCUCACCUUCUGCGGCUUCAACAUCGUCGCCUCCAAGGUCGCCAGCAUCGUCCUCGGCGUCUGCUUCCUCCUCACCCUGUGGUGGGGCAAGCGCGACUGGCUCACCGUCCUCACCGUCCUGCUCGCCGUCGGCCUCAUCGUCGCCUGCUGGUUCAUCGUCCACGCCGAGGCCCUGCGCUUCGUCGUCCUCUUCAUCGGCGUCAUGUCCUCGCUCUACAGCGUCUGGGACAUUUGCGACGAUCUCAUCCUGCGCAAGGUCAACUCGUCCGACGCCAGCGUCUUCGCCAAGCGCUACGGCGGCUCCUCUCAGUGCUGGGGCGUCAUCUGGUCCAUCAUCUCGGUCCUCAUCAUGGCCGUGGGUAUCGUGGCUGGCCUAGCCGCCUUUUCGCAGUCGUUUGAGCAGCAGCAGGAGGACUCCAAGAAGUUUAUUCCGACCUGAUAUCGUUCUGGCUUGCGGGCUUGCUUCGAGCCCCCCCCCCCCUCCGAUACUGUUCCCUUGUCGAGAUGGCGUUGAUUUGGAAAGUGUGGCUGGGUUAGGAUUUGUUGCCGGGGACGGCUUUUCGGAUGAUACCCUUUAUUACCUAGACUCUUGCCGACACGGAUGAAAUGUCACAUCUUAUUAUUCCACCUAGUUUCCUUUACUGCUACAGCUCCCAGGCAGGAGCAUGUCAUUGGCGUAACGAUCGUGGGGUUUGUAUCAUGACUAUGUACAUGUAGAGCUAAGGUAUGUAUGUACAGCCCGACGCCCGGGCGCAAAGACAGAAAAAGUGACGUGGGGGGCGUCCGCCCGCCCAAAACUAUGUGCGGAGAAGUGAGGAAGCUAUGGAAAGUGAGUAGCAUAUGAAC